CGUCCAGUCUCGAUAUAUGGUGGACAAGACGAAAGCCUUGACAGACCAAGUGCUUUACGGGUAUGCGUUUCGCAACCUCGCAAUGAAGACUGUGGACGAAUGUUUCUUGGCCUGCUACGAAGACUGUUUUUGUAUGUCAUUUCAAAUGUGCCGUCAGAAUACAGAAUGUCAGUUGUUGUCCUCCAACCAAUUUCAGUCGCCAUUCGCGCUGCACAGCAUGAUGGGAUGUUCUUAUUACGACAUGGUUCCUGACUUUGAACAGUUCCGGCCGGACAAGCCCGCUGGAGGGUGUAAUGCAGGAUGGGAAUGUCGACCUUCAAUCAAUCUCUGUCAAAAUGGCGGCACCUAUCAUUCUAUUGCACCAACAAAUCGCAUCUCACCACGAUUCAAGUGCAAUUGUACCGCAGGUUAUGCGGGAAAUCUCUGCCAAACUGUGGCCAAAUCAUGCCGUGGUUACGAGAACAGCGAGCGAAUUCCUGGAAAGUACAAGGUGUUCGAUGAAGGCAUGAAUUUGUUCGAGGUGUUUUGCGAUUUUGAUUCAGGUUCAAGAAUGACUUGGACCCUUAUUCUGUCCUAUCAGUUCAAACACAGGGUUACAUUCGAUAAACCGUACUCAAACGAUCUUCCUAAAAACCAAGACAGCCCACGUUGGGAUGAAUAUCGCCUUUCAAAAUCCAGGAUGCAAUCAAUCCAGAAAGAUUCAAGUCAUUUUCGCUUCACAUGCAAGUAUGACACUGAUGGAAUGAUCUAUCGUGAUUAUCUUCAGGCUAGCAACGACCAACUGGAUAUUUUAAGCUACAAAAACGAGAAAUGGUGUCAUAUGGUCGAUGUAAUUAACGUUCGCGGCCAAAGUUGCUCCAAAUGCACAGUGUUCUUUCACCAAGAAUUUUUCAUUUUGCACAGUGAUUCUCAUGCGGCAGUUAGUGAAGGUUGUCAAUUUCAACUAGCUGGUGGUAAGACUUGUGGCAGCUACAGUGAAGAUGCCUUUGGUCAUUACUUUUGUGUCAACACAGAACAUCGCUGUUCGUCCUCUGACUCGGCGACGACCCAAACAUGGUUUGGCUGAGAUUAACUCAGUUUUCUAUAUCAAGAUUUCGGGUUUCAAUUUUCCUGAUAAUUCACUGAUUAAAUGGAUCCUUAAUUCAUCACAAAACGAUGGACAUUUUCGUGGGAUGUUCAUCGAUGUAUGAAAUAUAUAAUACUAAAAUAUAAAUGCAAGGUCAGAGACACAUAUAGACAUAAAGACACAUAUAGUUGUGCAUGUCAAGACACUUGUUAUUUGCCGAAAGCGAGUUGAAUAUCGCUGAAUAAAAAGCGAGACAAAGUCAAGGCGAAUAUAGCUGUUUUGUUAUAAUUACACUGAUGGCCUGGCGGUUAAGGCGAUAGCCAACGAAUCCA